UUUUCCCUCUGUCAUGGUGUGGACACCUGUGCUGAGACCUCUCGCAGCGAUAUGGAGAGCAGAAGUAGACUUUUGACCUGUCUCCUGUUGGCUGCGCAUCUGUGGGUGUGCGUGUCUCAAGUCCUCCGGAUCGGUGGGAUCUUUGAGACCAGGGAGAGUGAGCUGGUGAGCAUGGACGAGCUGGCCUUUAAGUUUGCAGUGAACAACAUCAACCGCAACAAGACGCUUAUGCCCAACACCACUCUGACCUACGACAUUCAGAGGAUCAACGUGUUUGAUGGCUUUGAGGCAUCCAGGAGAGUGUGUGACCAGUUGGCUCUAGGGGUGGUGGCGGUUUUCGGCCCGUCUCACAGCUCCUCUGUCAGUGCUGUUCAGUCCAUCUGUAAUGCUCUAGAGGUGCCCCAUAUCCAAACACGCUGGAAACACCCGUCUGUGGACAAUAAAGACACCUUCUUCAUAAACCUGUACCCCGAGUACACCGCCAUCGCCCGCGCAAUCCUGGAUGUGGUCACCUUCUUCAAAUGGAGGAAACUCACUGUAGUCUAUGAGGACAGCACAGGCCUAAUGCGAAUGCAGGAGUUGAUCAAAGCUCCAGCAAAGUUCAACCUCAAAGUGAAGAUCCGUCAGUUGACCCCAGGAAACCAGGACGCGCGGCCGCUGCUCAAAGAACUGAAGAAAGACAAGGAAUUCUUUAUCAUCUUUGACUGCACCUACCGCAUGGCGUCAGAGCUGCUCAAACAGCUCUCGUCGAUGGGGAUGAUGACUGAAUACUAUCAUUUCUUCUUCACCACUUUGGACCUGUUUGCCCUGGACUUGGAGCCGUACCGCUACAGUGGAGUCAACAUGACGGGUUUCAGGCUGCUGAACAUCGAUGACCCCUGGGUGACCUCUACCAUGGAUAAGUGGGCUAUGGAGCGUCUGCAGGGCCCCAAACAGGACAGCAGCCUGAUGGACGGUAUCAUGACGACAGACGCUGCGCUCAUGUACGAUGCGGUGCACAUGGUUGCCGUGGCGUCUCAGAGGGCCACUCAGAUGACGGUCAGCUCUUUGCAGUGUCACCGCCACAAGCCCUGGAGGUUCGGUCCGCGCUUCAUGAACCUGUUCAAAGAGGCGCAGUGGGACGGCUUGACGGGACACAUUGUUCUUAAUAAGACAGAUGGCCUGAGGAGGGACUUUGAUUUGGACAUCAUCAGCCUGAAAGAGGACGGCACUGCCAGGGGUCUUACUGACGGUGGGAACAGGCUCACCAAACGAUGGAUCAAGAUCGCCGUGUGGAACUCGUACACCGGCAUGAACCUGACGGAGAGCGACCGAGACAAGAAUAACAAUGUGACUGACUCUCUGGCCAACAGGACGCUCAUUGUCACCACGAUUCUGGAAAAUCCAUAUGUGAUGUAUAAAAAGUCCGACAAAGAGCUUGUGGGAAAUGAUCGAUUUGAAGGUUACUGUCUGGACCUGCUGAAGGAGCUGUCCAACAUCUUAGGCUUUACAUAUGAAGUGAGACUGGUGGCUGAUGGGAAAUAUGGAGCCCAAAACGACAAAGGAGAAUGGAACGGAAUGGUCCGGGAACUCAUCGACCAUGUGGCCGACCUCGCUGUGGCUCCUCUGACCAUCACGUAUGUGCGGGAGAAAGUAAUAGACUUCUCCAAGCCGUUCAUGACACUUGGCAUCAGUAUUCUGUACCGCAAACCCAACGGCACCAACCCGGGCGUCUUCUCCUUUCUCAACCCCCUUUCCCCGGACAUUUGGAUGUACGUGCUCCUGGCGUGUACUGGGGUCAGCUGUGUACUCUUUGUUAUUGCCAGAUUCACUCCUUAUGAAUGGUACAACCCACAUCCCUGCAACCCCUCCUCCACAUUGAUCCAAAACAACUUCACUUUACUCAACAGCUUCUGGUUUGGGGUCGGCGCGCUCAUGAGACAAGGUUCGGAGCUGAUGCCCAAAGCCCUGUCCACUCGGAUCGUUGGUGGGAUCUGGUGGUUCUUUACACUGAUCAUUAUAUCUUCAUACACGGCCAACCUGGCUGCCUUCCUCACAGUGGAGAGAAUGGACGCGCCCAUAGACUCAGCAGACGACCUCGCCAAACAGACACGCAUCGAGUACGGAGCAGUGCGGGACGGGUCCACCAUGACCUUCUUUAAGAAAUCCAAAAUCUCCACAUAUGAGAAGAUGUGGGCGUUCAUGAGCAGCAGGAAGAACACUGCUUUGGUGAAGAACAACAAAGAAGGCAUCACCCGAGUCCUCACCACGGACUACGCCAUGUUGAUGGAGUCUACCAGCAUUGAGUACAUCAGCCAGAGGAACUGCAACCUGACGCAGAUCGGAGGGCUCAUAGACUCUAAGGGCUACGGUGUGGGCACGCCAAUAGGUUCUCCAUACCGCGACAAAGUGACCAUAGCCAUUCUUCAGCUGCAGGAGGAGGGAAAGCUGCACAUGAUGAAGGAGAAGUGGUGGAGGGGGAAUGGCUGCCCCGAAGAGGACAACAAAGAGGCCAAUGCUCUCGGGGUGGAGAAUAUUGGGGGCAUAUUCAUUGUGCUGGCAGCCGGGCUUGUGUUGUCUGUGUUUGUGGCCAUUGGAGAGUUCAUCUACAAGGCCCGCCGGAACGCUGAUAUAGAGGAGUGCAUGUCAGUGAGCGCUCUGAUGGAGGAGCUGGGCCUCUCUCUGCAGUGUUACAAAGGCACCAGGCGGAGGUCCCGAGCCCACAGUAUCCCACACUCCACCUGUAUGUUCUGCCAACCCCAUCGCAGCACCAAGAGAGACGAAACAACCCGGGACUCUAGCAUUUGACCUCUGAACUUUGACCCGGAGCAGGAGCUGUUGAUGAAUUUGUGACACUUUUACCCUUGUCAUUGUGUGUAAGUCUAUCACAUCUACAGUAGGUAUAGUGUUGUCCUGGUGAUCAACUAAGACGGUUAGUAGUAAUAACUAAAGGAAGUAACACUCUUCUCAACACUGCCAUUGUGUAAAUGAAAAACAUGGAUUUUCAAUAAAGCAUUUUUACAUUUUUCUAU